ACCGUGUCAACUGGAGUUAAAAUUUGAGUGAAGCAAAAGGAACAUAUUUGUUCUUUAUCUUACCUUCUGAUAAAGAAUAGAAUAGUGUCCUUAUGUUUAUCAAUUUGCCUGGUUUUUAUUUUUGACAUUAACUCCACCUUAAACAAUUUUGAUACUCACACUUAUUCACUUACAAAAUCCACCAAUAUCAUGGUUUUGCAGAUUGACGAAGAGCUUCUUCAGGAAGUGGUUAAUAUGGGAUUUGACAGAAAUAAAUUGGUUGAAUCUUUAUGCAACAGGAUCCAAAAUGAGAUGGGGCUGGUGAUGAUUUGUUUAAAGAGCUACGGAGGUUGUGCAGGGCCAUUAAUGGAUGUUCCUUGUGUUCAAGACAGAGUUUUCUAUUUCCCUCAGGGUCACAUUGAAUUGUUGCCAGAACCUACAGAACAAGAUUUGAGGCAGAUGAAGAACCAGAAAUCUCCCAAAUACGAUCUUCCGUCGAAUAAGAUAUUUAAAGAACAAGAUUUUUUUUCUCUUCUAUCAGAAGGUUAAUAACUUUUAUUAGAAGAUACUUAUGUAGGAUACAAUAUUUUGGUUUUUUAUAGUUUAUUAGUAGUAAAUUCUAAGUGGUCUAAUGUAUAUUUGAUAUGGGUAUGUUUAAUUUAGUGUGAGAUGUAUGAAUAUUCAUUUAUGAUCAUCCCAAUAUUUUUAGUUUAUUAUAAAUAUAUUUUGUUAA